AUGAGGAAGGCAUGCAACAGAACUGGAGAGGCUAAGGAAGAGGUCAAACUCUGGUCAUCAGAGUUCUUGGAGGUUUAUGGGGCCGGUUUGCUGUAUGAUGUAUCUUCAAAGGAUGAAUUGGUAAAAAGGAUAUCUGAACUGGAAAAACAACUCGAAACCCAAACAGAAGAAAAAGAAAAAGAAAUAAAGAAUGAAAAGGAAUAUGCAAGGCAUGUUGAGAAACAACUACAGGAUAGUAUUGAGAUUUGUGAGCUUCUUUACUCAAAACAGUUUGAUGCAGAAAGUUUAAAAAUGGAGAAUGAUAAACAGAAAGAAGAAAUUGAAGAAUUGAAAGAACUCCUAAAAGAAAAACUGGAGAAAGCAAAGUUCUUCCAAAUGGAAAAUGAGAAACACAAAAAGGAAAUCAAAGAGCUAGAAAAACUGAGAGAAGGAAUUGAAGAAUUGAAAGAGAGACGAGAAAUUGAGGAGUUUGAGUUUUUGGAAAAAGAAGCAGAAAAAGAAGGAAAGGAACAGCAGCAGCAUGAAAAUGUGAUGUUCAAGGAGCUAGUUAGCAAUUCUGAGACUAUCAACCAGGAGCUUGAGAUCAAGCAGUUGCAGCAAUCACUGAAUGAUGCAGAAGUUGUAACUCGUGAUGCAAAGAAAGAGUCUUCCUUUCUGAGAAGUGAAAAUCUGGAGCUUAAGGAAGAAAUGGAUAAAAUGAGAGUCGACUAUCAAAAAAUGGAAAUUGAUGUCCAAUUGUACAGCAGCCAGCUUGAUGCUGAGCGGUCACGCUACAGAGAAAUGCAAUCUGAUUUACAGAAAGAAUUAAAUUUGGCUUUCAAUGAAAAUACCAAACUAAUGUCGCUUCUGGAUGGAAAAGUCCCUAAAGAUUUAUUGGAUCGUUUUCAUUUGGAAAAGAGCGUGGCUGACCUUAAACAACAGUUGGAUAAAUCAGAAAAAGAAAAGAAUAGUCUUCAGGAAGAAGUAUCUCUAUUAUCCCAAUAUAAAUCAUUGCCUGAAAAGGUAGAUGAAUUAGCAAAGCAGGUUCUGCAGCUAACCAAAGCACUUAAUGAUGUUACUGCCGAACGGGAUACUUUGUCAGCAUGCAGAGAAGAUGAUGUUAAACAACUUGAGAACUUGCGUGGCGAGGUGUCAGCUAUUGCCCAGGAUAGGAACAAACUCCAGGAAGUUCUUGCUAAGGUCCAAUCUGAGCAGGAUCAUCAGGAAAAUAUCAAAACUCUACAACAGAAUGAAAUGAAAUGUAGUCUGGAGAAUCUCCAAAAAGAAUUAGAUCUAUACUCCACAAGGCUCAAAGAAGAGCAGGCUAAGUGUGUACAGUUUCAACAUGAUAUUGAAGACAAAGAAAGACAAGUUAAAGAACAAGAACAGCAAUUGAAGCAGGAGCUAGAAAAGCAGAAGGAAAUUGAUGAUAAAUAUUCUAAAUCUUCAGAAGAGAUUAAACUACUGAAAGAGGAAAGACAAGACCUAGUGAUUAAAUUGGAGGUUUUAAUGAAAGCCAAUGAGGAAGUGACGAUGUCACAAUCAAAAUCUCAUCAAAAGGAAAAUCUACCUUUGAAUGCGACAAUUAUGCCUGAAACAACUAGCCAAGGUUUUGAGAGAGACGAUUUAACUGAACAGCUUCUCCUACUUCAGAAGAACUGUGCAUCACUCAGCAGUGAAAAGGAGGCACUGCAUCAAGAACUGACAGCUCUUAGAGCUGAGAAAGAGCAGUUGAAGUGUGAUCUUCAAGAUAAUAUUGAAAUGUGUAUAGAGAAUCAGACAGAACUGAGAAGUCUACAUGACCAGCUAAAAUUGAAUCAAAAUGCGGAGAUGAAACUGAAGAAGAAUCUGGCUGAAACAGAGUACUUAUUAAAUGAAGAGAAGGAAAAGGUACAAGCACUAACUAAAGAACUCCAAAUGGUGGCCUCUCAACAUAUGAAGAGUGAGAACCAAGGACUCGAGGUUCAUGAUUCCAAUAAGCAAGACACAGAAUUACAAGAAAAAUUUUUCAACCAGCGUCUCCAACAGCUCGAGGAUGAGAAAUCAGCCUUAGUGAAGGAGAAGGACGAUCUCCAGGCAAUUCUGGAAAGUGUCAAAAUAGAAAAGGAUGCAAUGAAGAGUGCCAUGCAAGGAAAAACUGAGAUGAUACAAGAGAGAAGCAAGGAACGGCACUGUGUGAUAUCUCAACAUGAUAUACUGCCCACUGAGAGUGAAGAACUUAGAGAUCAAGUUUCUAAAGAGUCGAGUGCAGAGAUGCAAGAAGACAAAAUCAACUGGCAGCUCCAACAACUAAAGGAUGAAAAUUCUUCAAUACUAAAGCAGAAGGAUGAUCUCCAGGUGAUGCUGGAGAGUGUCACAGUGCAAAGAGAUGAAAUGAAGAGUGCACUAAAGGAAAAAUCAGCGAGGAUGCAUGAACAAACUGAAGAACUGCAACGUGUCGCGUCUCAACAUGAUAUGCUGCUUGGUGAAAUUGAAGAGCUGAGAGCCCCUGGUUCCAAAGAACAAGAAGCAAAAAUUGAGAAUGAAGUUAAUCAGAGGCUCCAGCAACUUGAGAAUGAACAUUCAUUGAUACGAAAAGAAAAGGAUAAUCUCCAGGAGACAUUAGAGUGCGUCAAAGAAGAACGGAAUGAAAUGAAGAGCACAUUACAGGAAAUUACGGAGAAGAUACAGGAACAAACUAAGGAACUCCACCAAGUAGUGUCUCAGCGAGAUGUGCUAUUUGGUGUGAUUGAAGAGCUGAGAGCCUCUAUUUCCAAAGAACAGAAAGCUGAAAUUCAGGAGAAGGAAUUCAUUGAGAGGCUUCAGCAGCUCAAGAUUGAAAAAGCAACCAUCGCAAAGGAGAACAAUGAUCUUCAGGCAAUGCUGGAGAGUGUAAAAUUGCAAAGGGAUGAAAUUAAGAACACCUUACAAGAAAACACUGAAAAGAUGCGAGAGCAAAGUGAGAAACUGCACCGUGUGGUAGCUCAGCGUGAUGCGCUGCUUGGUGAAAUUGAUCAGCUGAGAGCUCAUGUUUCCAAAGAGCAGUCCACAGAAAAUCUAGGAGAGAAAUUUAACCAAUAUCUCCAACAACUUGAGGAUGAAAAAUUAAAUGUAAUAAAGGAGAAGGAGGACAUCCAGGAGUUACUGGAGCGUGUCAAAUCACAGAGCAAUGAAAUGAUGAGUACUUUACAAGGAAACACUGAGGCAAUUCGGGAGCAAACGAAAGAACUGCGUCGUGUAGUGUCUCAUCGGGAUGAGUUACUUGGUGAGAUUGAACAGUUGAGAGCUUGUGUUUCCAAGGAACAAGCAGUUAAAAUUGAGGAGAAGGAGUUGAAUCAGAGGCUUCAGCAAUUUGACAAUGAAAAAUCAAUCAUCAUGAAGGAAAAGUGUGAUCUUGAAGAGACAUUAAAAAGUGUCAAAGUACAGAGAGAUGAAAUGAAGAGGACCUUGGAAGAAAACCAUCACAUGUUGCUGAAAUGGACAGAUGAGCUUAACGGUGUAAGAAAUCACCGUGACCAGCUGCUAGUUGAAAUUGAACAGUUGAAGGAUGAAAUGAAGAAAGUGGAACUCUUGCGACGCGAAUCUAAUGAUCAAUUAGAAAGAGAAAAAAAAUCCAUAACAAUGCAGAAAGAUGAGCUCCAGUUGCAGAAGGAUAAAAUCCAGAAAGAUCUUUGUGAAAAGGCUGAAAUGCUUGCAAUGGAGGAAAAAAGAAACGAAGAGCUCAAAAAACUUGUCACAACGUUGGAGAAACAAAUCCUCACUUGGAAAGAGGACAAAAUACAAAUUGUAUCCACUAAUUCAGAAACUGAUCCAGUUGAAGCAGAAAUUAAUAAACUGAACAACUGUCUACAAGAAAAGGAUCUACUAUUACAAACCACAUUUCAGAGUUUAUUUGAAUUGGAAAAUGACUACAAGGUUGGAAUAGCUAAAACUGAUCAAGAAUUCUCAAGAGAGAUGGAGGCUUGGAAAGAACAACUACUCAGAAUUUGCUCUGAAGUGCCUGAAGGAUCAACAGAAUCGAUACGCAUUGUGAAACUACAGGAAGAAAAUGCAAAACUAUAUGAAAAACUUAUGUCGUGGAGAAGUAAUUUUAUGAGAGUGAUGAGCACUGUGCCUCCUCGUGUGAAGAACUAUCAGAAACCUAUUAGUAAAUGCGAUGUGAGUCUAGCAGAUGAGAAAAAGAAGAAUGAAGAAUUGCUGUCACAGUUGCAGGCUCUGAGAAAGCGAGUAUCUGAUCCACCUGAAUUGCAAUUGGUAUCAGAAGAGAAGAACACUGAAAUAAGAAAAAUUUCAGCCUUAAUUGCAAAUAAAGAAUACCACUUAGAGAAUGCCCAGCAGAGUUUGUUGGAAUUAAAAUCAAAAUAUCAAAAGUACCUGACCAGCUCAGAAAAUGGAUUACUUUCUAAAGUAAAAGCCCGAAAGAAUCUUAUGGAAACUAUUUCCGAACAGUCGGAGAGAAAUAUUUUGAAGAUAAUUGAAGAAAUUGAGAAUGAAAAUCAAAUAUUGGAUCAGGAGUGUCAGCUUCAAUUGAAAACCGUUCAGAGUGUAGCUGCAUAUUCUGAAUCUCUGCGAAUUGGGUAUAUAAAGUAUAUCAGAAAUUCUUGUGAUGAACUGGAAAAUGAGAAGAAAAAGAAUGAUGAACUGCUUUUACAAAUUGAAGCUGUCAAACAGGAAUCAUUAAACAAAAAUGGCUGUGAUUCGUUAUUGACACUGGAGAACCAGAAGCUAUCCAAAAAGUUGAAAGAAGCUGAGCUAUUGCUGCAGAAUGAGAGAAUAAAAAUUAAUGAACUUGAAGCAACCCUGACAGCAAGUCAAGAAGCCUACAAGCAACAGGAAGAUAAGCUGUCAGAACUGCAGACAGAAUUAAGCUCCAAAGCAUUAGAAAAAAACCUUGAUGAUCUUCAGACAAAACUGCUGAAGAAGGACAGCCAAAUUAAAAAUUUGGAAGAAACUUUGGAACGGCUGCAGGCUAAGCUGGACAUGGGAGCUCAACCUUUCAAAGAGGAGAUGACUGAUCUGAAAAAUCGGUUGUUUGCAUUGCAGAUGGAAAAAAUUAAAGAAACUAAACAUCUUGAAAAUCAAAUUAGUUCUCUCAAAGCCAGCUUAGAACAUAAAGAAGAGUCGCUGAGACAACUGAAGGAAACACUUCGAAGACACCAGCAAGAACAGGAUACCACCAUUACAGUUGAAAAUACUAAAGAUGAAACGUGUUCCUCUGAUGUAUCACUCACAUGUAGUGCUGGAAGUGGUAUAGUUCAGAAUGCAGUGGUACUUGUUCUAAAUGCUGAGAAAGCUAAACUUACUCGAGAUCUAAAUCAGCUUAAGAAGGAAAAUGAACACCUUACAAGAAUGGUGUCUGAGCUAAAAUAUGAGAAAAACAUAUGGAAAGAAAGAGCGACAAAACAUGAAGAGAAAGACAGAAUGCCAUUCAAGCAAGAAAAUAUUCACCAUACUUUAUGUCCAGAUGAGAGUCCCCCUUCCCAGUCACAGAAGGAAUGUUCACUACCAGUGUCACAAAAUGUUGAGAUUUCAAAAGCCUUGUUUCCUGCUGAAAGUAAAGCUACUGCCACUCAGAAUAAAACUUUGGAAAAUGUGCUACCUAUUGAUUCUUCUAAGACGUCAUCGUUUGGUAUGGAAUCACAGCUGUGGCCGCUUCCUCGAACUAAAAUAUUUGAUAACUCUCGGCUGAGUUUUCCUGGAGCUGCAAGUCCUCAAGGAAAACCCAAAUAUGAGAAGAAUGAACAUGAUGCUUGGUGGCCCAAGCCCUCUGCUGCUGAUCCUGAGUGUAAAAUGCAGUGAACAUUCUUUGGAGCAAAGGAACACUGUAUAGUUCAUGAAGUCACUGUUGAAAUUGUCAUGCUGACCAUUUGAAUGAUAAAAUAGAUUAUAUACUCGUAGCUAGAGCCAGGUAGCUCAAUUUGUUAAUAACUUUUUUCCUCUAAUCUCUCUUGUAGAGGUCACAGAACAGCUAGUCUGAUUCAAAUUGUCUCUCUGAUGCACUGGGUGCUGUUCUAAUAAGGAUAAAAGGAAUUUGGUUCUGAAUCUAACUGUGGUAAACCUUCCCAAACAAUGCUGGAUAUCUAAAUUUGGAAAAUUUUGCACUUUCAACACUAGUGUUUCUUGUCUUGUAGCAUCAAAAUAUUUUGUCAAAACAUGUCGCUGACAGCAAGAAGGUAAAUAUUUAGCAGCAACAUUCAUGCCAAAUGAUCAAAAGCAUUAGUGGUUUUUAAUUAAUUACUUGAAAUAUUGUCCUGGCUAAUGCUCCCAGUAAUGUCAAAAACCUGUCACGAUAGUGAUGGUUUCAGCACCCUGAAUUUCUGUUAAUGUAUACACUUUUAUACAACAAGUUUCUACUAUUGAUGUUUUCUUGCAAAAAUAAAGACUUAUUUCUAGUCAAUAAAACAUUUCUUUGGUUUUGCUAAUAUAUAUAGCACUAAUUUGCCAUUGCUGAGUACUCAAAAGUUGUUAAAAUAUCAUUUAACCUUCAUGGAUUGCAAAGACAACAGUAUUUGAGGGGAAAGUAAAUUGUCUUGUUUUUCCAUCCAUUUGAGAUGUGUGCAGGAGCAAUAUUUAUUGCCUAUCCCAAUUCUCCCUGAAGGUGGUGCUGAGCCAUGUUCUGCAGUCAAUGUUGUGAAGGUAUACCCUCAGUGCAAUUGAGGUGGAUGUUGAAAUCACCCAGACCCCCAGUCAGUGUCAGUCACUCAGCAUACCCUCUCAGCCAUGCUCCUCCCUCCCAAUUAGUUACUCACUUGUGCAGUGACCGUCUCAGUAAAAGGACUGCUGCUUUUGAGAGAGACGGUGUGUGUGGGGGUUGGAGACUUCCAGCGUGCAGGAAUAAAGCAGCUGCUGUUGUGGAGAAGCAGAAGUCUUGCAUUCCGAAUAAAAGGAAGGGAACUGAACAAAUAUGAAUUUUGGAUAUUUAUGGAACAAGGAGUUACCAAGUGGACUUUCCUGGUGGAAUCUAAUUUGGAAACUCUGGCUGAAUGGAACAGCUUUUGAAGGGCAUUGGAAUGUCUAAUAGAAGUGAGCCAGGAGUAACUCUGAGCAUGUUCUUAUAAUGCUACAGGAAAUCCAUGCUGAACACCAAGAUUCAUCACAAUGGUGAAUAUUGAAUUCAACAUUACAAGAAUUAUCAUUUCGGUCAAUCAAGCUUAGCUGUCUAUUCUGGUCUAUCCUUCGGAGUACUGUCUGUUCUUCAAUGUCAUCCUUUUGAAAGUUGGAAUUGCUGAAUAAAAUACUUUGGCUAA